AUGAUCUACUCUUCUGGAAGAGAGUCCUACUUCAACCUGAACUCCACCUGGUACGACCCCUCGGGGUCGUGGCUGGACACGCGCCGCACGCCGUUCCGCUACGCGUCUGGCUCCUGCUGCUCGGGCUGCGAGGGCGAGGGCGCCGAGGGCAUGAGGGGCCACAACUACCGGCACUACGGGUACCGGCAGUCCGUCUGCUCCGAGAGGUGCCAGGGGGGCACUUCAGCUGGCUCCUGCCACGGUGGAGGGGGCUCUAGCUGCGUCAGGAGACCCACCUACAGCUACGGGUCAUCGGGGGGAUGCCAGGGCUACGGGAGGUCGGUCUGCGCCGAGAGGUGCCACGAGCCCUCGGGUUCGUGCCAGGGAGGUGGUUCCAGCUGUGUCAGGAGACCCAGCUACAGUUAUGGGUCAUCUGGAGGAUGCCAGAGCUAUGGGAGGUCGGUCUGCUCUGAGACCUGCCACGGCUCAGGGCACCAGGAAGGGCAGUCCAGCUAUGGCAAACCAAGCCAGAGCAUCUCGCAGUGCUGCCCCGUGCAGACCUGUGCACCUCCAAUGCAGAAGUGCUCUCCUCCAAUGCAGAACUUCGUGUCUCCUCUUGAGUUCCUGCUCAACAGGGUUGUCUUCUCCAUCCACAUCUCUCCGUAG